GGUACCGCGUGUAUCGAUCUACUACUUAAGAAGGGUGUUACAUACCUGCUCAUUAUGCCCCUCCACGCUCCUGGGAUCAUUACUUGACAAUCUUUGAAACUCUUCGCAGUCACCAAGCACGCCACGAAAACUUCAAAAUGGACGCUUUCGAAAAGAAGACACUGAAGAUCUCGCGGGGUUACACUUACACAUACUACACGUCUGAAGGCGACAGGUCUCUUCCGACCCUACUCUUCUGCCAUGGCUGGCCCGACCACGCCGAGAUGUGGAAGGGUAUCGCGGAGCGUCUUAUGGAUACCAAGUUCCCCAUGAUCAUUCCAGAUAUGCUUGGAUACGACGGCACCGACAAACCGACCGAUCCAGCGGAGUAUAAGUGGGACGCGAUGACCAAGGAUCUCAUUGAUAUCAUGGACACCGAAAAGGCCGACAAAGCAAUCUCUGUCGGACACGACUGGGGAUCCAUAUGUGCCGCUCGUCUCUACAACUACUACCCUGAACGCGUCGUUGGCUGCGUGUUUCUCAAUGUCGCCUACACUCCCCCAAGUCGCGAGCGUUUCGACCCCGCGGAUAUGAAUAAGAUGGCCGAGCAGGCUUUCGGCUACGGAACACUCCACUACUGGGAGGUCUUUGCCGCUCCAAAUGGUGGGGAAAUCCUCAAUGACAACAUUGAGCGUCUCUACCCUUUGCUCCAUGCCGUAGGCGACGCGCAAAAGCGCUAUUACUGCGUCCCGGGCGCUCUGCGUCAGCACUUCAAUAGCAACGAUCCGGACCCUGAAAUCCGCCCUUAUGCUCAGGAUCCAAAGUUCCGCCAGGAAUUCAUCGACAGGAUGCGUCGAGAUGGCUUCGACGCACCGCAGUGCUGGUACCGCGCCUUCAAGGACCAACAGCACUUGUGCGAUAAGGACCUUCCUGAAGGUAGAGACAAGGUCGAUGUUCCAGUAUUGUAUAUUGGAGCGAAAGACGAUGCUGCGUGCCGUGUCGAGACCAUGUAUCCGGCGAUUCAGCAGGGGUGGUUGCCGCAGUUGGAUCAGAAGCCCGCGUUGGAUGCGGCGCAUUGGACGCCAUAUGAGAAGCCAGAAGAGAUUGCACGACUUGUCAAGGAGUGGUUGGGCAAGAAUUAUGCCAAGUGAAGUACGGAGGAGGAAUUCAAAGGUAUUGUCAGUAACACAAGACGGCUCUACUAGGGUAGAGCUAGUAACGUAUUGUAGCACGACAUUAUAGUACAUGCGUUCACAUGUGACCUACAGCUGCUAGACAAUAAUAGGGGGUAGAUAGAGCAGGUUAACAGGCUAUAGAGAUAUAAUCUAAGAGUAUUAUACUCUAAC